AUGCCAGCUCCUAUAGAGAUUAUAGACCCGCUCGCGGUCGUGCGUGAUCUCCGCGACGACGAGAAGCUGGUGGUCGACGACUUCGAGCGUCACGCCAACCACUGCCACUCCUGCGACCACGCUGUCCAGACCUACAGGGAUGGCCUUGGACUUUGCGAGUCGGGCAACAAGCACGCCCGCGCUCUCCACAACUAUCUCUAUAGCCAGAACGGAAAGCACUACUCUACCGUCGACCUUGAGAGCGGCAAGUCAACACGGGUGAAGCUCCCUCGCGAUGCCCUCGCUACCCGUGAGCUUCUCACAGCUAUCGAGCAAGGUAUGCGCAUCCGCGAGAAGGCCAUCGUCAUCCAGAAGCCCGUCAAACCUGUCCAGACAGUUCAGCACUCCCAGUCCCGGAGCUACGACCAGACCUACCACGUCCCAGCUCGCCAGGUCACCGGCAAGCAGGUUCGCCCUCGCUCCAUGUCCCCUGAGGCUUACCAGCUUGUCGAGAGAUCCCCACGCCUUUCUCGCUCCCCAACUUCCAUCAUGUACCGCUCACCCGGUGGCUCUCCCGCCCGCCCAUCCUCCAGCCGUGGGUCUCUGUACAGCGUCGACCGACUGGAGCGCGUGGAGCGCCACUCCGAGACUCCUCGCCGGUACGUCGAGCGUUCCCCCAAGCACCGUUGA